AUGGAGGAUGCUCAACCGACGCGCUUUUCGACUCCGCCUCCGGACUCUACAGUGCCAAACGGGAAUACAUCUACCGAACCUCUGGAAGAUGUCUCUGAUGGACCUGCGGAACGGCUAAGGGUGGGAUAUGUUUACGAAGAACAGAUGACUCUGCAUCGACAAGACCCCGUCACAGUGCAAUCUCAUGGCACACACCCAGAGGCUCCUGAGAGGAUCACGAGAGUCCACGAGAUCUUCAAAAAUAACUCGCUUUUGAAGCAUAUGAAACGAUUGCCUAUACGUGCUGUUACGGAAAGGGAGGUCUUACUGGCACAUGCUCGUGAGGUCUGGGAAGAAGUGCAGUCUUUGGCCACUUUUACAGUCGAAGACAUUUCCAACUCUGCUUUUUACUAUGAAACCAAGAGUCUAUACGUCUGUCCUACUACACCGAUUGCGGCCCGGCUGUCUUGCGGAGGGGUGAUAGAAGUCUGUCUCGCAGUAGCUCGGGGAGAGAUCGAGAAGGCCUUUGCCAAUGUACGACCUCCUGGCCAUCACGCGGAGCCGGACAAGUGCAUGGGCUUCUGCUUCUUCAAUAACGUCGGUGUGGCUGUUCGUGCUGUGCAACAGCAAACGAAUAUCAAGCGCAUCAUGAUCUUAGACUGGGACGUUCACCAUGGAAACGGAACGCAAAAGAUCUUCGAGAAAGAUGCAGACGUGCUAUACGUUUCUCUACAUGUUUAUGAGAAUGGGACGUUCUACCCAUGUGGUGUAUACGGUGCCAUGGACUCUUGUGGCACCGGACCUGGGCGUGGCAGAUCCGUCAACAUUCCGUGGCCGUCGACAGGGAGAACGGACGCAGACUACCUUCUUGCAAUGCAAAGUUUAGUCAUGCCAAUAGCGGAGGAGUUCGCACCAGAACUAGUCAUCAUCUCUUCGGGUUUUGACGCUGCGGACGGGGACGAACUUGGUCGCUGCAAGGUCAGCCCGGGUGGGUAUGCCCACAUGACACAUAUGCUUUCUAGGCUGGCUGGCGGGCGUGUGGUCGUCGCUCUUGAGGGAGGCUAUAAUGUCAACUCGGUAGCGAGGUCCGCGUUAGCUGUGGGCAGAACACUCUUGGGGGAGAGUCCACCGGAGAUGGAGCCUCUUACUGCUUCAGAAGAAGCAAGUGAGACCAUCUUCGCCGUUGCAAAGUUCCAAAGCCAGUUCUGGAAGAAGAUCGAUAUGCGAGCCGUGGAGCCGUUAGACGAUGAAGACCGUCAAGUCACCUGGUCAAUUCCAGACUUGGUACAGGCUCAUCGGACCGAUUACAUGUACCGCCAGCUGGGAAUGGUACAACUUCCCAUUACCAAGACCUUUGAACAAUAUAGUUCGCAGGUGAUGUGCACGAAGGACCUCUGGUCAGCGGAAGUCAUUGUUCUCUUCGCCCAUGAGAUGGGUAACAUGAGGGCCGAACUCGCGAGCAAGAUGACUUGCGACAUCGAGAUGGAAAGCUCGUACCUUAUAGAUGCUUCAAAAGGCAUCGUGGACUGGUGCAAGUCGGAGGGAUACGGCUUAGUUGAUCUGAACCUGCACAUCAAGCGUCCACUGAUUACGAAAGCCGAUAAGGAGAGUACGCGUGGCAUUAUGACAUACAUCUGGGACAACUACCUUUGCUUGACCAAUGCUCGUAAUAUCAUACUCGUCGGCCAUAACCAAGGUGUCCAUGCUGUAAUGGAGUUGAUAAAUUCCCGAGCUGCAACGGUAACACGCCAGGUUUCACUGGUGGCCCAAUUCGUCGGUUACUCUUCGCUUCCUCUUGUGACGAAGGGUGAAGAACAGCUGAGGGCAUGGUACUCUUCGCACUCGGUCGUGUUCAUUCCCCAUGAUCAUCCGGUGAAGAAGGACGGCAAGCAUCUCAAGAGGCUAGGGGGCUUGGUCACGAGCAAUGAGACCAAACCUAUCAAACUUCUUAUCGAGAGUUUGGGAUCACUCAAACGGGAAGCAAAAUCCCGCGUCAAGCAGUGA